ACUCACACUGCAGCCAUGUACGUGUAUUGAUCACGCCCAGCUGUCCAAGCUGCUAUACUCCGCGUAUCAGCAGGUCCUAUUUCACGGGCGUGUUCUAACCCUCCCAACUGGAUAUAACUUUCAAUGCAUAUAUUCGGAAUUAGAACUCUCUGAAUAUUCAGGCUCGUCUUCAUCGGCUCAGUCCUCCCAGAGCUAAAGCGCCACUUCGGUUCUCUUUGCCCCCGUCAGGUGGAAAGGCCGCUAUUCCUGGGCAGCGAAUAGUGUUGCGAGUCUCGAGAGUCGAGGCCGAGGCUCUAGAAAGAGCGGAUGGCGUAGUAUGUCCUAGAAUUUCUGGUUACAGCCAUAAGACCAGACACUCCGAGCGACGACCGACAAACAAGCUACCGUUUCCUCCAUCCAGUGGGUGAUGGCAUCGCCCGGGGACAUUGUACCAGCACGGCUGGGAUUUUUCGCCAUCUUUAACCCGUCCCUGGGCGAGACUGACGAGACGAUUGACGACCAAAUCGUCUACUAUGCCUCCGUAAACACCCAGAGCCAGCGGCUUCGGCGCCGCCACCGCUCUCGCGGAAAGCCCACCGAGCACAUCCCCCAGGAAGAGCGCAAUGAGCGCCUCCGACAGAUCGGCUUGGCCCAGGGCAUGAUCGAGUUCAGCAGGAGCUUUUCGGGCGGCGUCGCUGUUGACGCCAUUGACACGGAGAAGGCUCGCGUUAUCCUCCACGAGAUCGAGCCAGGCUGGUGGAUACUGGCGUCCAUCGACUUGACGCGUGUCCCUCUUCCUCCGAAGCUGGCGACCGGUCGGACAGGGGGGCCAGCCCAGGAGGUCGUCGAGUAUUCGUCUAGGGAGAUCAAGCCCGCGGCCCUCCUACGGCAGGACCUGCUCCGCGCCCACUCCGUCUUUCUCCUGCACCACGACUCGUCUCUGAGCUCGCUCUUCCGACGCAGUCGGCGGUCCCGGUUCGUUACCAUCCUGAGCAGGUACUGGGACCUGUUCCUCUCCACCUGGAGCGUCAUGCUGCACGGGAAUCCGACGCGCAACGUCUUCAACGGCAUCAACGUGGCCGCUUCGGGGGAGCUGGGAAUCGGCGUCGGCGAAGAGGAGAGGGGAAGCGGGGAGCGCGAAGUCCUCGAAGGUCUUAUCGGUCGCGUCGAAGGCCUCGUCGACCUUGUCGUAUCCAGGUUCGGAUCUCGCGAUUCCGAGAUGGACGAUGAUGCUACUGCGUCGGAUGCAGCUGCAAAGGGGCGGUGGCUUGGAACCGGACAGGAGCCCGGCGCCGAUGACGGAGCCAUCUUUCUCGGAACGGGAGCCCUGUCUCGUGAAUCGCUGAGGCAUGUGACGCAUUGGAUGGAGGAUAUCUAUAUCUGGGGCGAACAUGCAUACGGUGUCAGCGACAGUCCAACCUCGACUCGUCCCUCGCGGAGAGCGAAAAAGUCGAGGUCCCGCCAAGGAGCUCCCCAUCUACCAGAUGACGCCCUAGCCAAGCCUUCUUCCGUCCUGUUGUCGGAUGGGACAGGGGCGUUCACAAACGCAACAUCCAUCCUGACCCCGACGGAGACGGCGACGGCGACCAUAGCUGAGCGAAGGGGCCAGAACAUUGGUUCAAUGGGCGCACCGACGGCUGCCGAGUCCCAUGGUUUACCCGGAAACGAUGCCCUGCGGAAUCAAUCUUCGGAGGCUGCAGAUGGACACCUAGACAAGCUCAUGAACUACAUGAAAUUAGGGUACGGUACGUACUGGGCUGUCGGUAAUAAGUCUGGCGAAUCGUCCGCCCAGGCCCAGAGUGCGAGCCAGACGGGCGCAGCCACGACCAGCCAACGGCCGACUCAGAAAUCGAAGGUGGUCGAAGUGGCCGACGACACGACGGGGUACUACCUCAUUGGCUUAAUUGGGCGCGUAGAAGAAGGUGUAGGUGUCGGUGCAGAUGUGGAAGAGGAUCGUGGAUCGGACGAGUCGGAAGGAAACUCGCGCACCAUGGUUCGCACUCUCCACGUCGAGCUUGAGGAGGAGGCGAUGAAAGUCGCCGAGAGAGACGUCGUGAGGGAGCCCGGCACUUCUACGUCCACGACUACAUCCGUGGCCACGCCCGUGGCUACUACACCCGGCCAGGAAGCGACAACUGUCAGUGGGCAGACGGCGACAUCCGGCUCGGUAUCUGAGAAGCAAGGCCAGAACGAGAGGAGAAAAGUACGUGUGGUGGUCUACGUGAACAGGCCUUUCAUCUUCACGUUCCUCUUCCGGCUACACACCGACUCGCUAGCUUGGGACUCCCUCUACAGGUCCCUGCAUUAUCAGCUGGCGCCUCUCCGCAGGCCGCUCCUGAUGUCGACGCAAUAUCGACCUGAGCGGCCGGACGUGGGACCGGCGGGCGCGAGCAUCCGUGAGAUCGUCUGGGACCCGGUGGCCAUGACGGUGCACAGCACGAUCCCCAACAUCCCUGAUUCGACACAGCCACCGCCGGCGUCAUCGGAAGCGGGCGCGGCCGAGCCGUUGUGGUCGCGGGCCGAGGCGAUGAACACGCACAUGCAGCUUCUCAACAUUUACGGCUCGACGCGGAACGAGGCCACCGAACUGGAGCGCACCUGCAAAACGAACCGCGGCUGGUGGGUCGUCUGGACGCGGAUACUGGCCCGGCCGCCGCUGUCCCCCCGGUCGGCGGCGGGGUCUGAGUCCCAGGGGCAUGCGCUGUCCAGCUCCUCUAGUGACGCGGGGACGUCCACUACGGAGGACGGUGGCAAGGAGGCGUCUUCCCCGGCCUCGUCCGGGCGGAGUGUGAGGAAGGAGAUCUUCCUGAUCCGUAAGGCGAGCGACCACGCCGGGGCUUGGGGCCGGGGAUUCAGCGGGGCGUAUUUGUACAGUGAGACGGGAGGGGGUUGGAGCGACGGCUCAAGCAGGCUCGUCGGUCAGGGGAUCGGGGUCGACACGAGGAGGUAUAUCGAGGGUCUCCUCAGCUUGCACGUAUAGAUAAUACUUCUCCUGGCGAGGGAUUUGCAAGGUGCUGAGGAAAUGACAAGCAAAUAAUGGAGGGGACAGGGAGGGCGUUCAGGUUCGGCCCAAUGCUGUGGAAGCUUGGACGAGGGUGUGCCAUGUUCGUUGGUUCACGACUGUGACGACUAAACGCUCAUAUCGCAACCAUCAUCAAUCACACCGUACGUGUACGUUGUAGACCCCAUGUACAAAUACGUACGAAGUAGACACAUAAUAUAUGGUACGACGGGGCGGCACCUCUGGACGGAUCAAGACGC